AUGCGAGGUGUGAAUGUGCCAGGUGUGACUGUGCCAGGUGUGACCGUGCCAGGUGUGACCGUGCCAGGUGUGACCGUGCCAGGUGUGACCAUGCGAGGUGUGAAUGUGCCAGGUGUGACCAUGCGAGGUGUGAAUGUGCCAGGUGUGACUGUGCCAGGUGUGACCGUGCCAGGUGUGAAUGUGCCAGGUGUGACCGUGCCAGGUGUGACUGUGCCAGGUGUGACCGUACCAGGUGUGAGUGUGCCAGGUGUGACUGUGCCAGGUGUGACUGUACCAGGUGUGAGUGUGCCAGGUGUGAAUGUGCCAGGUGUGAGUGUGCCAGGUGUGACCAUGCCAGGUGUGACUGUGCCAGGUGUGACCAUGCCAGGUGUGACCAUGCCAGGUGUGAGUGUGCCAGGUGUGGCUGUGCCAGGUGUGAGUGUGCCAGGUGUGGCUGUGCCAGGUGUGGCUGUGCCAGGUGUGACUGUGCCAAGUGUGACCAUGCCAGGUGUGACUGUGCCAGGUGUGACCGUGCCAGGUGUGACUGUGCCAGGUGUGACCGUGCCAGGUGUGACCGUGCCAGGUGUGACCGUGCCAGGUGUGACCAUGCCAGGUGUGACCGUGCCAGGUGUGACCGUGCCAGGUGUGACCGUGCCAGGUGUGACUGUGCCAGGUGUGACCGUGCCAGGUGUGACCGUGCCAGGUGUGACAGUGCCAGGUGUGAGUGUGCCAGGUGAGACUGUGCCAGGUGUGACCGUGCCAGGUGUGACCGUGCCAGGUGUGACUGUGCCAGGUGUGACAGUGCCAGGUGUGAGUGUGCCAGGUGAGACUGUGCCAGGUGUGACUGUGCCAGGUGUGACCGUGCCAGGUGAGACCGUGCCAGGUGUGACAGUGCCAGGUGUGAGUGUGCCAGGUGAGACUGUGCCAGGUGAGACUGUGCCAGGUGUGACCGUGCCAGGUGUGACAGUGCCAGGUGUGAGUGUGCCAGGUGUGACCAUGCCAGGUGUGACUGUGCCAGGUGUGACCAUGCCAGGUGUGACUGUGCCAGGUGUGACCGUGCCAGGUGUGACCGUGCCAGGUGUGAGUGUGCCAGGUGUGACUGUGCCAGGUGUGACUGUGCCAGGUGUGACCGUGCCAGGUGUGAGUGUGCCAGGUGUGAGUGUGCCAGGUGUGGCAGUGCAAGGUGUGAGCGUGCCAGGUGUGACCGAGCCAGGUGUCACUGUGCCAGGUGUGAGUGUGCCACGUGUGAGUGUGCCAGGUGUGAGUGUGCCAGGUGUGACUGUGCCAGGUGUGACUGUGCCAGGUGUGAGCGUGCCAGGUGUGACAGUGCCAGGUGUGAGUGUGCCAGGUGUGACCGAGCCAGGUGUCACUGUGCCAGGUGUGAGUGUGCCAGGUAUGAGUGUGCCAGGUGUGACUGUGCCAGGUGUGAGCGUGCCAGGUGUGAGUGUGCCAGGUGUGACUGUGCCAGGUAUGAGUGUGCCAGGUGUGACUGUGCCAGGUGUGACUGUGCCAGGUGUGACUGUGCCAGGUGUGAGCGUGCCAGGUGUGACUGUGCCAGGUGUGACUGUGCCAGGUGUGAGCGUGCCAGGUGUGACCGAGCCAGGUGUCACAGUGCCAGGUGUGAAUGUGCCAGGUAUGACUGUGCCAGGUGUGACUGUGCCAGGUGUGACUGUGCCAGGUGUGAAUGUGCCAGGUGUGAAUGUGCCAGGUGUGAGUGUGCAAGGUAUGACUGUGCCAGGUGUCACUGUGCCAGGUGUGACUGUGCCAGGUGUGACCGUGCCAGGUGUGACUGUGCCAGAUGUGACUGUGCCAGGUGUGAGUGUGCCAAGUGUGACUGUGCCAGGUGUGGCCGUGCCAAGUGUGACUGUGCCAGGUGUGAGUGUGCCAGGUGUGACUGUGCCAGGUGUGACUGUGCCAGGUGUGACUGUGCCAGGUGUGACUGUGCCAGGCGUGACCGUGCCAGGUGUGACUGUGCCAGGUGUGACCGUGCCAGGUGUGACCGUGCCAGGUGUGAGUGUGCCAGGUGUGACUGUGCCAGGUGUGACCGUGCCAAGUGUGAAUGUGCCAGGUGUGACCAUGCCAGGUGUGACUGUGCCAGGUGUGACCGUGCCAAGUGUGAAUGUGCCAGGUGUGAAUGUGCCAGGUGUGACCAUGGCAGGAGUGACCAUGCCAGGUGUGACAGUGCCAGGUGUGACUGUGCCAGGUGUGAGUGUGCCAGGUAUGACAGUGCCAGGUGUGACCAUGGCAGGAGUGACCAUGCCAGGUGUGACAGUGCCAGGUGUGACUCUGCCAGGUGUGAGUGUGCCAGGUGUGACAGUGCCAGGUGUGACAGUGCCAGGUGUGACCAGGAGUGUGACAGUGCCAGGUGUGACCAUGGCAGGAGUGACCAUGCCAGGUGUGACAGUGCCAGGUGUGACUGUGCCAGGUGUGAGUGUGCCUGGUGUGACAGUGCCAGGUGUGACUCUGCCAGGUGUGAGUGUGCCAGGUGUGACAGUGCCAGGUGUGACAGUGCCAGGUGUGACUGUGUCAGGUGUGAGUGUGCCAGAUAUAGACUCAAAUACAAAUCACAGCUUCUUAUCGUCCUUUGCCGAUGACACAAAAAUCAGCAUGAAAAUUACUUCUGUUAAAGACUUUGAAAAACUAUAA